AUGCAGCAGCCAGACCAUGGCGUUGCGUCCCGCACCGGCCCUGCCCCUCCCAUCGCUGUCGGCGCCGCCUCCUCCCCCAAUGACACUGCUCGCGAAGCCUCACCUUCUGCCUUCGUCGGCUCCCUGACGUCCGCCCCAGCCUCGCCUCCCUCCAUCGACCCAGCCGUUACCGUCUCCUCCGAAGGCCGUCGCCGCCACCGGCAAAACCACAGGCGCUAUCCCACCUUGUCGGCCAUUGCGAACCUCCCCAGCUCAGACGCCACCUCGCGGCCACCCAGGGCCCUUCUUACCUCGCAUUAUCGCAGUCUUUACUACCGGCAGCACCCGCCGCAGAACCUCGCCGCCACCAAGCCCUGGCGCCCCCGCAAGUCUACAAAGCGGCCCCCGAGGCAGGACGAGGCUCCUGGUCGCGCAAUGGACCGGGCCCCCGUCAAGAAAGCCCGGACCGGAGCCUCACCCCCCAGGCGAUUCGAGAUUCCGCCCUCGGCCACGAUUCCCCCACCUUCCUUGGCCUCGUCAGCCCGAGACGGCUCCUCGCCUCUCUUCUUCUCUCAUGCGCCCGCGAGAAUCCUUAGCCGCCCUUCGGGCUCCACCGCCUCCGAGAUAGCUGCGAGCAUGCUAUCGCGCGGCCGUGACGACCCAGCCGGAAUUGUCACCACCGUCAAGCUCCCGCGCGCCAGUGUCAGCUCCUCAAGCCGGGCCAUGUCGGGCAGUACGCCGGGCAGUUUGGCUUCCUCCAUGGACAUGAGCUCCGACUCGCGCAACCUUCCAGCCGGCUUGCAAGCGGUCCAAGGCAUUGGCGCUAUCGAGCUCCUUGAACACGAUGACCGUCCAACCUUCCUUCUCUGCCUGGCUGGUCCACUUAACCUGAAUCGGCCGGGUCUCGAAAUCUUGUACUACAAUGGCUCCUUGCGAUGCUGUCCCGAAAUACAAAAUCUUCUCGCUGUCGACUCGGAAGACACCUCCGUUGCCGAAGGCUUUGAUCGCUUCAAGUCGUGGGCCUACGAUGUCCCCAAGAAUGACGACAUCGACACAUCGUUGCCGUAUCACGAAUACGGCGGUAUCACUUGGACGCGCAUAACACUGCGCCAGAGGUUCCGUUUUAUAAGCGGCAAUGUCACCCCUGCGGCCCCUCGAUCCAUCACGCCUCGCCCUCGCUCAGCCGAGCCCGCCGCCGUCGCCACCAAUGACUCCCCUUCACCCCCAUCCGUGCCAACCUCUCCUGCCGGAGAAGUAAUCGACCCUCCAGACUACUUCGGCGAUGCUGCCCCCGGCCUCAAAGGAGAUUCGUCGAGUCUGGGAACCAUCAAGACGGUGCUCGAGCAGAGCGCCGACCAUGGACACCCAGACGAGUUUACAAAUCAGGUGCUCCAGUUCCAGCCCACCAAGAACGUCUUUGACUGGACCCGUGUCCCCGUCGCCGACAGCCUCCCCGAGCACAUCAAGUUUGCCAAGUCGGUAGACUGGGCUUCGACGCCUCUGGGCCCCAUCUCCGAAUGGUCAUACGACCUGAGGGCCAUGUCAAAUCUGAUCAUGGGUAGCCCUCACCCUGCCGCCAUGUACUGGGGCCCUGACCUUAUCUGCAUAUACAAUGCCGCGUACAUCGAGCUGGCCGGCCGCAAACACCCGUCACUCAUGGGCCAGAAAUACACCGAGGCCUGGUCGGAAAUAUGGCCCGAAAUUGAACCCAUUUUCAAGAGCGCUUGGGAAUGCGGGCAGGCAACCAUGAAACACGACAAUCGCCUCUUCAUCAGACGCGCCGGCUUCUUGGAAGAAACGUUCUUCUCUUGGGCCAUCGUACCGCUAGUCGGAAACGAAGGCGAAGUAGUAGGGCUAUACAAUCCGGCGUUUGAGAAUACACUGCGCAGGGUCAACGAUCGACGAAUGCUCACGCUGCGGGAGAUUGGAGAGAGGACAGCCAUGGCGACCACGGUGAGCGGCUUCUGGCCCCAGGUUCAAAAGGGCCUCGAGUACAACGAAUGCGAUGCGCCUUUCGCUCUUAUAUACUCGAUAAAAGAGGAGGCCGAGAGCGAGGCAUCCUCGCUGCACUCGGGGAGCUUCAUGCACUCAUCCCAAAUCAUGCGCGAGGGGUCCCCCGGCGUCCCCGAAGGACAUCCUGCCGCUCCCCACUUCCUCGAUCUGAGAAUGUCGGAAGAAGGAUUCGCGCCAUACAUGCGACAGUGCAUGGCAGGCGGCGGGGAACCGCUGGUUCUUUCUGAGAAUGAUGGCACUCUUCCCAAGGACCUCAUCAAAGGCAUCAACUGGCGCGGAUUCGGCGACGCAUGCACGACCAUUGUCGUUUUUCCCGUCGUGCCCACGACAAAGGAAGCCGUCACUGGCUUCAUUGUGCUGGGCUUGAACCCCAGGCGGCCGUAUGACGACAACUACAAGCUUUUCAUCCAUCUCCUGUCCCGGCAACUAGCAACCUCGAUGGCUUCGGUUGUGCUGUUCGAAGAAGAGAUUCGCCGUGGCCAGCGAGCGGCGCGAUUAGCGGCGCUGGACCGCCAGGAGCUGUCGAUGCAACUGCUGUUGCGGACGCAAGAGGCCAACGAGAGCGAGUUCAGAUUCACUCGCAUGGCCGAGUUUGCCCCCGUCGGUAUGUUUACAGCCGAUGCGCAGGGCCGUAUCGACUACUGCAACGAUAUGUGGUGGCAGAUUUCCAGACACUCGCGCUUCGACGAAACAGGACUUGCGUGGAUGAGCAGCGUCAGAGACGAAGACAGACCCUCUCUCGACGAAGCGUGGCAAAAGUUACUCCAAGAGCGCAUGACGAUUUCCGUUGAGUUUCGGUUCAAGCAUAGCCAACAAAGUGGCGGCAAUACUAUGGACACUUGGGUUCUCAUGAGCGCGUUCCCGGAGAAGAACGGGGACGGGGGCCUCAAGUCCAUUUUCGGCUGCCUCACCGACAUUUCCUCCCAAAAAUGGGCGGAAAAGGUCCAGAACGAACGACGCGAGGAGGCUGUCGAGCUCAAGCGCCAGCAAGAAAACUUCAUUGACAUCACCAGCCACGAAAUGCGCAACCCCUUGUCCGCUGUCCUGCAGUGUGCAGAUCAAAUCGCAAACAACAUCACGGCGUUCACAGCCCACGACAACAAGGCCAAGGUUGAGACACUGCUGGAGAGUUGUCUAGACGCCGCCAACACCAUCAACCUUUGCGCCAGCCACCAGAAGCGCAUCGUCGACGACAUCUUGACCCUUUCCAAGCUCGACUCGAAUCUACUGGCUGUUACUCCCAUCGACGAGCAGCCGGUUAAGGUGGUUCAACGUGCAUUGAAGAUGUUCGAGUCAGAACUGAUGGCGCACGAUAUCGAGUUGUAUUUCAACGUCGACGGCAGCUUCGAGAAGCACGGGGUCGAAUGGGCCAAGCUAGACCCAUCGAGGCUGCGACAAGUCCUGAUCAACUUGAUGACGAAUGCCAUCAAGUUUACACAGGGACGAGACCGCCGAAGCAUCACCGUGUCUCUGAGCGUGUCCAAAGACAUUGGCGAAGUCACAAGCCAGGGAGUGCUUUAUUUUGACAAAAGCGACAGCCCGCGAACGAUUGGCAUGGACAUUGCCAACGAAAAAGAGUGGGGUGGCGGCGAGAGGAUCAAUCUACACUGCUCGGUGGAAGACACGGGGCCGGGCCUGGAUAAGGAAGAGCUCAAGGUCCUGUUCCAACGGUUCCAGCAAGCAACGCCACGAACGCACGUGCAAUACGGUGGCUCCGGUCUCGGCCUCUUCAUCUCGAGGAUCCUGACAGAGAUGCAGGGUGGUCAGAUCGGGGUGACGUCUGCGAGAGGAUCGGGAAGCAGGUUCAACUUCUACAUCCAGAGCCGCCGUAAGGUUCAAGCACCGGCCAUGACGGGCCCCCAGCUGACUGCCACUCCGCCGUCCCGCAUGACGCCCCCUGUCAAUGUCAUGAGCCUGGCAGAACGCCCGCUGUUCGACGUGCUCAUCGUCGAGGACAACAUUGUGAACCAAAUGGUCCUGCAGCGACAGCUGCGCGACUGCGGCAACAAAACGUUUGUGGCCAAUCACGGUCGCGAGGCGCUGCAGACGCUGCAGAAGUCGAGGUUUUGGGCCGGACAAGAGUCGGAAGGCGUGGACAUUUCCGUCAUCUUGAUGGAUCUGGAGAUGCCCGUCAUGGAUGGCAUGACUUGUGCGAGAAAGAUUCGGGAGCUCGAGAGGGAGGGUACCAUUGUGAAGCAUAUCCCCAUCAUCGCCGUCACAGCUUACGCGCGGCCGGAGCAGAUCGAAAACGCCAAGGCCGCGGGCAUCGACGACGUCAUUUCCAAGCCGUUCCGCAUCCCCGAGUUGAUUCCCAAGAUCGAGGAGCUGGUCGCAAAGUACGAGAAACUCUCCGUGUCCGCCAACGGGGCUUAA